AUGCUCUCAAUCGCAACACAACAGGACUCUGAAGACUUUGACCUCCCAUUAAUUUCCCAAUCUGCAGAGCACAACCAAGAAACGUCUCCGAUGGGCUACGAGAGGCGCCAUGAGAUGAUUGAGGGCCGUCAGGGAGAUCCGCUUGCCGAAACUUCUGCCUUGUUCGCUGCAGGCACGCUUGUGAUACUCACAUGGGUUAUCGUGUUGAGCAACGACCCCACGGCUCAAGGGUGGUUUGCUCUCCAUCCUCUGCUCCAAACCCUGGCCAUUUCUUUGUUCACUUACGGCAUUCUCACUUUGCAGCCCACAUCCCAACUGAAAACCAAAGCCGCUGGAUUAUAUAGGCAUCAAGCCGCCAUUUUGCUUUUCGGCCUGCCGUCAAUUUUGCUGGGAACACUUGCCGUGUCGUACAAUAAAUGGUUAAGGGGUGCUCGUCACUUUUCUACGUGGCAUGGUACACUCGGCAUCUUUUGCAUAAUAUGGCUUGUCGCACAGGUUGGCUUGGGCGCAGGGAGUGUGUGGUUUGGCGGCGCUGUCUUUGGUGGUGGGGUCAGAGCCAAAGCAGUUUGGAAAUAUCAUCGGCUUUCUGGGUACAUCCUGUUUCCCCUCUUGCUAUUGACUGCACACCUUGGUGGAGCGUGGUCUAAUUGGGGAGCGAAGUACAGUUCGGGAAGUGUCCGUUUCCUCGCCUAUACGUUGGCGCCUAUUGUGGUUCUCUGUGGAAUUUACAUGCGAAUUAGGAUAUCUAAGAUGCAAUUCAUAAAGUAG